AUGGGCUUUGUCACCCCUGCACUGUAUCUGUCUGGGGGUGCCAGCCCAGCCCAGCCAGGUGCUGCAGCCCCGGGCAGCCCCCGGGCCUGGCGGCAGCACGAGGGUCCGCGGCGGGGGGGGAGGGCCUGGGUGAUCCCCCCCAUCAGCGUCUCAGAGAACCACAAGCGCAUCCCCCACCUUCUGGUGCAGAUCAAGUCGGACAAGCAGCAGCCCGGGGGGGUGAUCUACAGCAUCAAGGGGCCGGGGGUGGACGAGGAGCCCCUGGGCAUCUUCUCCAUCGACAAGUUCACUGGGAAGGUCUUCCUCAACGCCAUGCUGGACCGGGAGGAGAACGACCGCUUCCGGGGAUUCAUCAGCAAGCGGUAA